AUGAUGAUGGACGACAGGAUUGGGGGACCGGUUAUCGUGGGCAACAGUACAACGCUUGGAGACGUGACGGGUGCGACGACGAUGUUAGGGAAUCGGAAGGGCAGAGGGGGGGCAAGUUGUACGGCUUGCCAAGUCAAGGAUGUCUCGUCUGCUUACUCCGGUGAUGCGAAGGAAGGGACGCGAGAAAGGACGGAAGAUUGA